CUCUGCUGCGGGAUGAGCGCGGCGCGGCAGCCGCCUGUGCUGGGAGCCGGCGGGAUGGAGCCGCUGCCGCUGGCCCUGGGGCUGGCCGCGCUGCUGGGUCUCUCUUCAGCGCUGCUGGAAGUCAACGUGGGACAAGCCUCUAUCUCUACGAUCCAAGGGCAGAGGGUGGUGUUGCCGAUCUGGUACACGAGCAUCUCUCAGAGUCGUCCCUAUGUCUCGUGGGUCCUUGAGAGACCUGGAGCCAAUCGUUUGCAGAUACUGACGUACAUGGACGGGACGGUGAAAGUGCAGGAGACGUACCUGAAGAACCGGACUGGCUUUGUGUACCCUAUGCCUUUCUUCAACAUUUCCAUUGCCAUUAACAACACCCAGGAAAUGGAUUCUGGCGAAUACAUGUGCACGGUCAACAUUGUGGAUGAAGAUACCAUCAACGGGAAAAAUAUUGGACUCAUCAACCUCACCGUUCUGGUUCCUCCAUCCCCCCCGACGUGCCAGAUCCAUGGGAAACCCUACCUUGGGGGCAACGUCACCAUGAGCUGCAAGUCAUCCUUCAGCAAGCCCAGCCCCAAGUACAGCUGGCAGCGUACCGCCCCCAACACCCAGGUCUUCUUCGCACCAGCCCAAGGAGUGAGGCCAGCAGGGAAUGUGAAUACACCGAGACCCUGCCCGCCGUCGCUGGCUCCCGGCACUGACUCCAUCUCUGCUUUCCUUUUCAGGGAAGAUGCCGUUGCUCCAAAGACGCCUUCUUGGGGUAAAAGUUCCAGUUCCGACAUUGUCUCCAAAAAUGGUACCUUGUCGUCCGUGCACACGACCCGGGACCACAAACUGUACCCGUCCAAGCCCGCUUCAGACACAGCCUCCAUCACCACCGCCGCCGGCAGCACAGUGGGCUACAAACCUCCCCAUAGCCACCCGAGGAGCAGAACCCUGACGCCCACUCCCAGCUUGUCCAGCCAGAGCCUGCCCCUCUACUUCCCACCAGGAAUGAACGGCGGCCAUUACCCGAGCACUGUGCCAAGCAACAGGAGCACUCUGCACAGGACAAAUGGGGCACAGCCGCAGGCCCCCCGGCAGGAGCCCACUGUCCCUCAAGGGCUAACCACCUCUACCCUUACCAGAAUGGGGGCGGUGCCAGUCAUGGUGCCUGCCCAGAGCCAAGCAGGGUCCCUGGUAUAAGCAUCCAACAGCUUGGGUGCCCUCUGUAUGCUGGAGAGGCUGGGGAAAUGGCCAUUAAUCCCAAGCAAAGCAGACUGGAAACAUAGCGACCAAGCCACCUCCAAGCUCCUGUGCAUCAGGGCUGAACGUGUGAGGGGGAGCCGUGCACACGGCAUCACGCACAGGCUGCGGGAGCUUCCCAGGGACAGGCUUCCUCAGAUAUACACUCUGCCAGCUCCCAGUGUUAUCCUUUCAAACGCCUUCCGGCCCUGGCCCACUCCCCCGAGGGCUAGGAGCCAGCCCGGGUCCCCUCCGUGUGGGGAGGCCGCUGGCCAGCAGACUGUUUAUUGAAGGAAUGUCGCUGCUCUUGGUGUUGCUAGUUCCCUGCUGUGGACUUCAGCCCCUGCUGCUGCUUGUAGGACAGGGGUUUUCAACCUUUUUCAGCUGUGGACCCCUAACAAAUUUCGGAUGGAGGUGCGGGCCCCUUUGGAAGUUCAACCUGUGUUCUGUGGAUAUAGGUGUUGGAACAAUGUGUAUAGUGGGGGCGCUGAGAGCCAUUGAACCAAACUGUAACCCCCGUGUAUGAUGGAAACCACGUCAAGCCAGGGGGUGCAGUAGCACCCCUCACCCCCAUAGUUCCGGCACCUAUGUCCGCGGACUCCUCCCAUAGAAGUCUUAGACUGCAAACUGGCUGAACAGAAUUCAACUGUAAACGUUGCCCGUGCUUGGCACGGCAUUCGCCACCACGGGAGAAAGGGCCCUGGGCUUGCAUGGUAACGACAGCACUUCUGGGGUUUGGCCUGUGGGUGGGGGUUAUUCACAGACGUUUGGUUGAUCAGAAAAACGGAAUGCCUUUUCUGGGAUCCGGAACUUGGUUUUUCAUAGUCACCUUUCGCGAUAGUCUGUGGGCCCCCAGGGGGCCCCGGCCCACAGGUUGAAAACCGCUGUUGUCGGAAAAGCCCUGCUGAGAUGAGACGGUCUGAACCCAUCCCAGGGAUUUCAGCGUCAGGUAGAACUGGAACAUGUAAACAUAGCGCUGCCCUUCCCUCGGGCUGGCACAGGACAGGGCUGCAGCUGGGCUGACCCAAGCACAGGCUUGGUUAUUUCCAGCCUGAGGGAGCCACCACCACAGGGCUUGAAAGAUCCACUUGCUAGUUGGGGGGAGACCGGACUGCUCGGCCAAUGGUGUCUGUGGGAUUCAAGCUUCUGCUUCCACCUUGUGGCUGGGAGGGGGCCUCCCGCAUGCGACCCCACAUGGUGCCACUUUGUUGGUGCUUGGAGGGAGUUUACCCACGGCUGGCGAAUGCCAUCCACAAGAUGGCGGUCGGCUGCGGCUUGCUUGGAGCAGUAGCCCAGGGGCUGAAGCGACUUGCUGGGGGAGAGGUGACAUAGUGGAGAGUCCCCUUGGGCUAUGAGGUCGGGGGGAGAGUGCCCCUUCCCUGUCACCAGCCGGUGGAGACGCAGGGCCUUGGCUGGGAGGGCUGUAUGGACUCAGGGGCUUCACCCCCGGGUCUUGCUGUGAAGACCUGCCCUCAUUCUGGGUCUGCCCCUGGCUUGUAGCUGCAGCCCUGUGGCUAGUAGGUGUCGGGCUCUGCUUGCCCAGACUGACACUCGUAGACCCUGUUCUGUCUAUGCCAAGGGACCCCGCCCCACCCCAUCACCUGCUCUCUGAGUGCUCCAGCUG